CCCUCCUCCGUCCGGGACUGGGCUUCGAAAACAAGUGAACACGGCCUGUUCUCAUUCGACCAACAUUGGACAUCGCAAGGUACCGGAUGCAAUGUCUGUACCUUUGGUCGUCAAUGUACGGAUACAUUGCGACAACUGCUCUCCUCUUUCCUCUGUCUCUUCCGCACCACCCUGAUGAGCGAACAUUGUACAAUCACCCCUACGUACCUUAUCCGUGGGGAAGUCAUCUUCCUUCAACUUUGCUCUUCCUUGCUCGUGGGACAUCGCAUUGCAUGCACCACCUCACGCAGCACAAUUACACGGCACGAUUGCUUCCAGAGUUCCACACCACAUGUUUCUCCCUCUCCCUCUCUCUCUCUCUCACACACACACACACACUCUCUCUCUCUUUCUCUCUCUCUUUCUCUCUUUUUGCCUUUGUAUCUUUUGUAUUCACCCGUCUCUGGUCCUACGAUCUGCAUAGUACAUCCCAUCAUACACCCUCCUCCUCCUCUUUUCCUUUUUCCAUUGCGGAAGCUCUCAUAUUAUGCGUCAAAUCGAACUCAGGCUUUCCUGGCAGGGAAUCAUUUUAGCGGAGGUUCGGGAUCGACGCCGCCAAUGCCUCUACUGUGUAGGCUGUCUUCUGCGGAUAUCUCCUUGAACUCUUUUUUUUGGGCUUCAAAUAGUUUUGACGUCACCUCCGGACGACGGAAGAGGAAACAGAACUGCGGGUGCGGAAAUUCCGCUAGAACGGUUACACUACAAAGUCCAACCGUCAAAGAACCCAGCACAGCCAGCCGCUGCCCCGGCACAAAGUGCGGAUGCUACGUACGGACGGGCUCGGGAGUGCUUGAGAUCCACUUGCCAACCACCGUCCCGAAUCCGCCAGGCUCUCUGUACGGAGUACCUAUGCGUGUCUCACUUCCGCACAAGGGGUUUGUGAUAUCCGUGGUUGAGCUGGAGUAUGCCAUUCCAUUCUUCCGUUCUACCGUUUGUCGGUCAGCCAGAACCGGCCCUUUGUAUUACCGAUACCACUCAGGACGCGGACAGACCGACCUCGCUUCCACAGAUUGCGUACGAGCGUAUCGUUCGUUUCCCGGGGAAGCGGUCGAACGGGAAAUAGGGCGUCCAAACGGUUUAGGGUUCUUCAGUGCAGCUUCUGGCACGUCCACGUGGCUUCCGGCAGAGCGAACGGACAACCGCCUGGCAUCGCACUUCUCUGCGACUUCUCUCUUUCAGCAUGGUCGCCCGUUUCACGGGGGCCUCGAACGCUGCCCAUCCCGGCCGUGACGAGUUACAUGUUGCCGUCAAAAACGUGGGCAGCGUUGUAUCGUCCAUCAAAGUGUCAGGAGAGGAAUCGUCUGCUGGGCGCCCGCUGCUGGGACGGUUCCGCAAACUGGAACAUAACACACACCCUACUAUGGGGGAGGGGGAAGGGGACAAAAGGGACGAGGGGAGCAUCAGCAAGAGGAGGGGGACUGCAUCGUCACCCAC